AAAGGGUAUGGGUAUGUGCAGAGGAUUAUAAAGUGUAACCGCCUCAGCUGGUAUUGAUGUCAUUCACGGCGAUCGAGUUGUGGUUACUUUAACUUUCUCACAGGCGAUUUCUGGGAACUUCUUCUUCUGCAAUGGAUUCUCUUCCUUUUCGCGAUGGCAACAUCCACAAGAUUCUCGAGACCCGAUAUUUCGACACUCGUCUAGAUGUUAAUCAUAGUCUUCAGACACACUCCUCGUUGAUUCGGAGGCUUUCUCAAGAGAGAGAGUUAGAGGGCCACCUUGGCUGCGUUAAUGCGGUGGCUUGGAAUUCCAAAGGUUCGUUAUUGAUAUCUGGAUCAGAUGAUACACGGAUUAAUAUUUGGAGCUAUUCUGGUCGAAAACUUUUGCAUUCAAUUGACACCGGACAUUCUGCAAAUAUAUUCUGCACUAAGUUUGUACCAGAAACUUCUGAUGAACUUGUAGUUUCUGGAGCUGGAGAUGCUGAAGUCCGGUUAUUUAAUUUGUCUCACUUAAGUGGGAGAGGAUCUAGUGAUAAUGCCAUUGCUCCAUCAGCACAUUACCAAUGCCAUUCUAGAAGAGUCAAGAAACUGGCUGUUGAAAAUGGAAACCCCAAUAUGGUAUGGAGUGCUAGUGAAGAUGGGACCAUAAGACAGCAUGAUUAUCGGGAAGGUACCUCUUGUCCUCCAGCAGGAUCUUCACAACAAGAGUGUCGAAGUGUUCUACUUGAUUUACGGAGUGGAGCUAAAAGGUCACUUGCUGAUCCUCCUAAACAAGUCCUUGCUCUAAAAUCUUGUGAUAUUAGUUCAACUAGACCACAUUUGCUCGUUGUUGGUGGGAGUGAUGCCUUUGCACGAUUAUAUGAUAGGAGGAUGUUACCCCCUCUGAGCUCCUGUCGGAAAAGAAUGUCACCACCUCCUUGUGUUAAUUAUUUCUGUCCAAUGCAUCUUUCUGAUCGUGGACAUCCAAGCUUGCACUUAACUCAUGUUACAUUCAGUCCUGAUGGAUGUGAGGUUCUCCUUAGCUAUAGUGGAGAGCAUGUUUACUUGAUGAAUGUAAAUCAUGAUGGAAUGGAUGAGAUGCAAUAUACUUCAGGAGAUGUUUCCAAGAUGAUGACUUACUCUCCAACAAUUAAUGGGUUAGAAUUGCAGCCUUUUGUAUCUAAUGUCUUCCCAAAUGGUUUUCCUGUUAAAAAGAACAUUGCUGCAAAGCUUGACAAGUGCAGGAAACUAAUAAAAUAUGCUAAGAAGUCUUUGGACGAGGGGACUCCCUAUUAUGGAAUUGAGGCUUGUAAUGAUGUUUUGAGUGCCUACAGUCAUAUUGUUGGACCUGCGCUAAAACAUGAAUGCCUGUGUACUCGUGCUGCACUAUUGCUUAAGAGAAAGUGGAAAAACGAUGCUUAUAUGGCUAUAAGAGACUGCUAUGCUGCUAGGAAAAUUGAUAAUUCCUCCUAUAAAGCACUUUACUAUAUAUCAGAAGCAUUGUCACAGUUGGGUAAACAUCAAGAAGCUUUGGAUUUUGCUAUUGCUUCCCACUUGUUGGCCCCAUCCAAAUCUGAAGUUGCAGAAAGAGUGGAGAAUGUGAAGAAGGAUAUUGCCUUAGCUGAAGCUGAGAAAAAUAGUAAGACGAAUGAUGGAGUAUCAAGGUUUGACAGGCAAGGUGGAAGAAUAUUAUCAUUGAGUGACAUACUCUAUCGUUCGGAGGCUAAUAGUGAUGCUUCACAAGAUGGUCCCAGAUCAGAGAGGGAUGAUUCCGAUUAUGAUGAGGAAUUGGAGUUGGACUUUGAAACAUCAGUAUCUGGUGAUGAGGGACAUGAUGUUGAAUCAAAUAUUCUUCAUGGGAGUUUAAAUCUUAGAAUUCAUCGAAGAGGUGACUCCCAAGAAAAUGCUGGUGCAAAUGGCUCUUGUGAAUCGCCCUCAUCAUCAUCACAGAACAAUAGAGCGGCUUAUCAGCCUGAAGCAGCUAUUGAUAUGAAGCAGAGAUUUAUCGGCCACUGCAAUGUUGGGACUGAUAUAAAACAGGCCAAUUUUCUUGGUCAAAGAGGUGAAUAUGUUGCCAGUGGAAGCGAUGAUGGCAGAUGGUUUAUUUGGGAAAAGCGGACUGGUAGACUCAUAAAAAUGCUGAAUGGUGAUGAAUCCGUUGUAAAUUGUGUACAAUGCCAUCCGUUUGAUUUUGUUGUGGCAACCAGUGGGAUUGAUAGCACAAUAAAGAUAUGGACUCCAAGUGCUCCUGUUCCAUCUUCUGUAGCUGGUGGUUCAGCAGGACCAGAAACUGGUGAUGUGUUGCUUGCUAUGGAGAGCAAUCAACAAAAAUUAUCCCGUAACCGUGAUACUAUCCUGCCCUUUGAGCUUUUGGAACCGUUUAGAAUGCAUGAGUUUCCCGAAGGAUCGCUGCGCUUGCGCCCGUUUGAAUGCACCCAAAGCUAAAGAUUCGCUAAUUCUGAUCUGCUGCUGGUGCUAUAUUCUGUAGUGCUUAUGAAUCUGGACUGAUUAGUGAUGUGGGGAUGACAUUGAUGGGAAGCCAUUAUGAGGGAGCUUUGACCAUGGGAGGCAUUUUAAGGACGCAGAGACUAAAUUGGAACAUUGAAAAUAAAUCCUGGAUUUAUUUCCUAAACUGUUAAUGAUUUUUUAAAAGAAAAAUUUGUACAGAUUUACUAGUUGUCAUGGUUGCUGAUAUUAAUGUUAUGUAUAGUAAAAGGUGGUGUCUGAAUUAAAAUAUUAUUAAAUUUGAUCUCUGUAUAGUAAACGAUGAUCCAGCGAAAUCCUUUUGGUUGUUUGAAU